AUGGGCUUCCUGCUGCCUUCCAGUGAAUCUGGCCCGUGCCCGCGUCUGUCGUCCGAGCCGGGCUGCUGGCUGCUGGCUGGCGGCCGGGCGCCCCAGGCUCUGACCCGCUCUCCUGCACACCCAGCUGUGGCCGACCAGUGCAGCGGAGGCAGCAACCUCUUCACAGAGCUGCAGGAGAACAGCCCCCACGGCACCUUUGUGGCCAACCUGACGGUCUUCGGGGAGCCCGAGAGCAGCAGCCUCCGGCUGGGACUAACCGGCGCCGACGCUGGGUGGUUCUACCUGGAGGGGAAAACCGUGCGGCUGAGCGUCUCGCCAGGGGCGUCGCUGGACAGAGAGGCGCUGGAGUCCCCCGUCCUGAUGGUGGGGCUCACCUGCUCGGAGGACGGCUUCUCUCCGGUUGAGUACAGGAUCAUCGUCCAGGUGCUGAAUGAGAACGACAACAAACCCCGGUUCCUGGAGGACUCCGUCCUGACCCAGAACAUCAGUGAGCUGGCGGCGGUGCACUCGGUGGUGUUCACCACCCGGGCGGAGGACAAGGACGGAGACACCCUCAUGUAUGUGAUUGACAGCACCUCGGCCGAUGGCAAAUACUUCCGGAUCGACCUGCCCAACAGCGGGAAGAUCGUGCUGGCCAAAGCGCUGGAUUUCGAGACCAAGCGCCACCUGGAGUUCAUGGUCCACGCCGUGGAGAUGAACACCAAGGAGAGGUACAACUCCUCCGCCAGGAUCCGCAUCAACGUGCUGGACGGGGACGACCAGUACCCCCGGUUCCUGCCGUGCAACUUCCUGGGGCACGACGGGGUCAGCGUGUGCGUCAGCCCCGUCUACACGGCAAACGUCACCGAGCGGGAGGUCACGGUGGGCCCUCUGCACUUCGUCCCCGGCUCGGUCUAUGCGGAAGAUGGGGACAGGGAGCUGAAGGCUGCCAUUACCUACGCCAUCCUCGCAGGGACGGACCACGGCAGGUUCCACAUCGACAACGUGACGGGCGCCAUCACCAUGCUGCGGCCCGCGGAGAGCCGGAGCCACACGCCCACCUUCAGCCUCAGCGUCAUGGCCGCGCAGGUGAACGAUGCCAACAAGUACGUGGUGACGGAGGUGCGGGUGAGGGUCCUGGCCGCCAACGUGCACCCGCCUCGCUUCAGCCGGCCCCGGUACCAGGCCUUUGUGCGCGAGGAGCCCGGCCUGGCCGCCCUGGUGCUGACGUACAGCGGCCGGGUGCUGACGCUGCAGGCCGCCGACGCCGACUUCCCCGACGGCUUCAACCCAAAGGUCUGGUACAGCCUGACGCCCCAGUCCAACCACACCCAGCUCUUCCAGAUCACACCGAGCGGGCUCCUCGUGGCCCGAGCCGACCGGCUCCGUGCCCUCCAGCAGUACUUCCUGCAGGUCAUCGCGCGAGAUGAGGAAUCAGGGGAGACCACCAACACGACGGUCAAUGUGGAGGUGCUGCGGCCGGGCCAGGCAGCCCCCGUGGACCCUUCCGAAGCCGGGCAGAGCCAGGGCCCGCUGGACGUGGGGAUCCUCGCUGGCAGCCUGGGGGCGCUGCUGCUGCUCACCGCCGCCAUCCUCCUCCUCCUCAUGCACGCCAUGAAGAAGAGGCAGCGCCAUCAGCAGGCCCUGGAGAGGGCCUCCCUGGCCAUCGAGAAGCACCCCAACGUGAGCUUAAAGUGGUUCCAGCCGGUCAACGCCGGGAAGUCGGGCCCCCACUCCGGCCACAUUUACUUUCAGAACGAAGGCUACAGCGACCUGGGAGACGCAACGCCGGAGAGCGCCGGGGGCUGGGUGGGGAGGAGCGAGCCGGCUGAGAGCAGCAAGGCGAACCCCCUGGCCAAUUCCGUGGGGAAGGCCGACGGCUUGAUGGGAGUGCGGAGCGGGGCAGGGUUAGCGUCCACGGAGAAGGGAGACAGUGCCGCGGCCACGCUCCCCAACGGGCAGACGCUCGAGCCGUCGGGGUGUAAAGACACCUGCCAAGACGACCAGGCACCACCCAGGAAGUGCAGCGCCAGCGCGGAGCCCGGCGCCGGGGAGGGCACCGCGGAGUCCCAGCCGGCAGGGGAGAAGGAGGAAGAGCCCCUGCCGCACGACUCUCAGCCAGGCAGCCAGGAAAAGCCAACAGAGGCUGGGGCGGGAAGCGGGGAGACGGAGGUGGGGACAAGCAAACCUUUACCAGACAGGCCGCAAGCUGCUGCAGACCAGGGGGACGCAGGCUGGAGUGAACAGGAGCCGCUGCCCAUUAGCCAACCCCUGCCUAACUGCACUGCCAGCGAAGGGGGCUCUCCGGCCGAGGGGGCCCAGGUGACUAGCCAGAGCGCCGCUCUCCCCAGUGCCAGCCACGCCGACGCCAGCCACGCCGAUGCCAGCCACGCCGACGCCAGCCUCCAGCCUCCGGCCCCGAGCGGGCAGCACGAGCCUCCGCCCAAGCUGCCGGUGCUGGAGGAGGUGAGCGAGGAGACGCUGGAGGAGGAUGGCCCCAAUCCCGGAGCGCCCACGCAUCAAGACCCCCUGGCGCCCUUGCCCAUCAGCGACGUCCGGAUGCCGGUCACGUUGAUGCAGCUCCUGGAGGAUUCCAUAGAGUGUUAACCCAUCCGAGAGGGGCGAGCGCCUCGGCCGCGCGGAGCCGAGCCCAACACAGAGACUGGCUGGCGACCGGAGCCAGCCCUCCUGUAAUGCCUGGAGAAGGGUGGGGCACCCCCCUCCCCGUUCCACAGCGCUAGAGUAAAGUCCAGUGUCCCACACGGUACCGAGCCCUGGUGUGGAACAGGUCGGAGCUUCCUGUGUUUUUCCCCAAAGUCCCUGGCCGCGGCGCACCUGGCGUGGCGACAAAGGAGCCUUUGGCCUUUCCGGGUUGUAAAGAGACGUUUUUUAACGCAGGGCUGUGCAGGUGGAUUGUGCGAGGUCGAGAUUCGCCGAGGGCUGCCAGCUCUCCAGGAUAGUCCUGGAGACUCCGGGAAUUAAAGAUCAGUCUGUUGUGUGAUGAAACCUCCAGGAAUACAGCCAGCUAAAACUGGCAACCCUAGAUUUGCCGGGUCCGUGUCCGAAGCGCAAGCAUGCCCAGGAUCUGCCUGGGAGCUGAGAUGCUGUUUGUGAUGGCGAAACACCGGGCUCCUUCUGCCAACGAACUGGGCCUGUCUCUGGUCCGUGUGUGUGGAGCACCUAGCACCGAUCCCAGAUACCCAGAAUCCCCCAAACCCAUCCCACUUCUGCCACCAGAGUCAGCAACACUCCCGCUGUUCAACUGAGCGGGCUCGGGCGCGGAUCCAGCCGUUCUCCUCCCCAGAGGGAGCCCCUGCUUUGCUCCCAUAGCGUCAGAACUUCGACUCCUUUGGCAGCAAAUGGUUGAAAUGGAAAGAGACAGACUGGGAGCUCGGUGCAUGCUGGUGAGGUGCCCGGGGCCAGAACUGCCGUGAACGCCCGCCGUUACCCUGUAUCUCUGUAAAUACACCCUGUCGAAGGCUGCUUCUCUCCCAUCUUUGCUUACUCAGCUGCGGUCACAUCUCCUCUUAGAGUGGCACCGGUUGGUUUAGACUGGCUGCAAAGGGCUGGCUUUCCCCGGCCCCCCCAAGGCGCAAAGGGGCCCGGGUAACACUGGGGACGGGGGAGGACACGAACUGAAUCAAACCAAGGAUGGUGGCUCGGAAGCAGAUCAGCGGAUGGUGAGGGGGAGCCGGGCUGGGGGUGUCCCAACCCCUCACGAUUUAAGAUCAAAGCUACCCCACUGGUGGGCCAUGGCGCCCCAGCCCCACUCGGAGCCCCCCCUCAGCAGGCCCGCGUCUCUGGUGUGUAUAAAG